UCAUCGCUUGCUACUUGCUUUUUCUUCAACGAUGUCUGUCGUCCCUGUGGUGGCCAUAUUCUCCUCCUCAGCCGCUGCUCCUCGAAGGCCAAAACAUGAUUCUAACUGGUAUUCUAUGAUCAAACGACCCAGUGCUUUUAAGAGGAAAAAUAGAGGCCCUUCGUUCAUUCCAAAAUGCCUACUACUUUAGAAGCCUCUCAUGGAGUUUCAUGGAUUAGAAUCUGCUUGCUUGGUGAAGGAGGCUUCGGUUCUGUCUUUUUUGCUAAAACAAGAUCAACCAUCGAUCAAGAAACUCAGUUCCCUUCUAAGAUGGCUGUAAAAUCUGCAGUUAUGGAUCAAUUGUCUUCAUUAAAACAUGAGAAACGAGUCCUCUGUCAUCUUGGUCCCAGUCCUUGCGUGGUUCAAUGUUACGGCGAUGAAGUUACGUACAUGGCCAAUGGGGUGAGCAUAUUACUCUUGGAGUACUGUUGUGGGCUUAGUUUAGGACGGCAAAUAAAAUUAUCUGGUUUUGGGUUGGCCGAGUCUGAUAUUAAGUAUUAUUCAAGAGACAUUUUCCGAGGGUUGAAGCACAUUCACUGUGGUGGUUACAUCCAUUGCGAUAUCAAGCCGGAUAACAUUUUGCCGGUGCCUGGCAGCGGAGAAAGGAAAUGAACUUUUGUAGCAAAAAUUGCAGACUGGGGUUGCCACAUAACUAAUCUAGAAUCUUUCUGCUCAGUGAACAACGAUAUUUGUAUUCUGUGUAUAUUGGAUCAUAUUUAUUAA